AUGGGACCUUCGGAAAGAAUCUAAGCGACGGCCAAAAUAACCAAUCAAUAUGAGGAUUGUGCGAGUAAGGUGGGACUUUGAGCAAGGACCCUGUCCCAGGACAUGAGGAAGGAAAGGCCCGGUGAAGGGACAAAUUAGGUAGGUGAGACCUUGGAAGAGUAGAAGAGGGGGUUCCGGGCUAGAAGGGAUGCAGGGGAAGGCGACUGGGUUCUGGUCGGAUGAGGAGGGCGCAGCGCAUUUAAAGGGGCCAAGCCCCGGGAUCAGGGGGACCCUCAAAGGUGCACGUUCCGAAGAGAAGAGACGUUUGAAGGCGCAAAUGCCCCAAAGAGAGCAAGCUCUUGAGGAGGUCGGAUCGGCAGAUAGAAGACAUUUAAAGUGGUCCCUCGACCCUGUUCCCAGGCUGUGGCCCUCAGCGCCCCGUAGACCUGGCGGCCCACCUGUGCUUUCGGCCCCUGGCUAGGGGUUUGGGUGGCUACUGGAGGGCCCUGCAGAGGGGCAAAGGCAGGACCAUGGCAUCUGGGACCUCGGAACUUCCCCCGGGGCGCAGUGUGACAGCGGGCAUCAUCAUUGUUGGAGAUGAGAUUCUCAAGGGACACACUCAGGACACCAACACGUUCUUCCUGUGCCGGACACUGCGGUCCCUGGGCGUCCAGGUUUGCAGAGUCUCUGUCGUACCUGAUGAGGUAAACACCGUUGCUGCUGAGGUGACCUCUUUCUCCCGCCAGUUCUCCCACGUCCUCACUGCAGGGGGCAUCGGCCCCACGCACGAUGACGUCACCUUUGAGGCGGUGGCACUGGCCUUUGGGGAGGAGCUCAAGCCACACCCUGAGCUUCAAGUGGCCAUCCAAGCCCUCGAAGGGGAGGGCUGGGAGAAGCUGUCGCUGGUGCCCUCUUCUGCACGCCUCCAUUACGGCACAGAUCCUCACACCGGCUGUCCCUUCAGGUUCCCGCUGGUCUCCGUCCGAAAUGUCUACCUCUUCCCGGGCAUUCCGGAGCUGCUGCAGCGGGUGCUAGAGGGGCUCAAGGGGCUGUUCCAGAACGCGGCUGUUCAGUUCCACUCGAGGGAGCUGUACGUGGCUGCUCCAGAGGCCUCUAUUGCCCCCAUCCUGGCCGAGGCCCAGGCCCACUUUGGACAGAAGCUUGGUGUGGGUUCCUACCCGGACUGGGGCAGCAACUACUACCAGGUGAAGCUGACCCUGGACUGCGAGGAGGAAGGGCCCUUGGAGGAGUGCCUGGCCUACCUGACUGCCCGUCUGCCCCAGGGGUCGCUGGUUCCCUAUGUGCCCAACGCUGUGGAACAGGCCAGCGAGGCUGUGUACAAACUGGCCGGAUCAGGGUCCUCCUUGGGGAAGAAGGUAACGAGUGCCCUGCGGACUGUUGAGGCUGCCCUGGCCUGCUACGACCUCACCCAGCUCUGCCUGGGCUUCAACGGGGGCAAGGACUGCACCGCCCUGCUGCAUCUCUUCCACGCCGCUGUGCGGAGGAAGUCUCCUGAUGCCCCAGAACCCCUCCAGAUCCUGUACAUCCGCAGCAUCUCCCCGUUCCCUGAGCUGGAACAGUUCCUACGGUACACCAUCAAAAGGUACAGACUGCAGGUGCUGGAGGCCGAGGGGGACAUGAAGCAGGCCCUGGGCGAGCUGCAGGCACGCUACCCCCAGCUGGAAGCUGUCCUCAUGGGCACCCGCAGGACCGACCCCUACUCCCACAGCCUGUGCCCUUUCAGCCCCACCGACCCCGGCUGGCCUGCGUUCAUGCGCAUCAACCCACUGCUGGACUGGACCUACAGCAACAUCUGGGACUUUCUGCGGCAGCUCUUCGUCCCAUACUGCGUCCUGUACGACCAGGGGUACACAUCGCUGGGGAGUCCCGAGAACACCGUGCAGAACCCGGCCCUGAAAUGCCUGGGCCCCGGAGGGCACCCCACCUACCGCCCCGCCUACCUGCUGGAGAACGAGGAGGAGGAGCGCAACUCCCGCACGUGACUCCCGCGCCCCUCGGCCAGCAAUAAACCGAGCUUCCCUGUG